GGAAAAAUAACGAUCAGCCCUGAAUUGAUUUCGAUCCGCAAGUCUGACUUCUCUUCUGGAGGAAAGCCAACAAUGAGCCCAAGACACGAUGCCGCUGGUAGUGCUGUGCGGGCUGCCGGGGAGCGGCAAGAGCCGGCGUGCCGAUGAGCUGAGGGCGGCGUUGAGCGCCGAGGAGGGAGAGGAGCGGAGAGUCUUCGUGGUGGCCGAGGCGGACUUGGCCGGAGUUGGCGGCGGCGGCAGGUCUGCCCUGCGGGCGGAGGCCGAGCGGCGGCUGAGCCGGCGGGACGUGGUGAUUGUGGACGCGGGCAGCGAGCUGAAGAGCUUCCGCUACGAGCUCUACUGCCUCAGCAAGCACGCGGGGACGCCGCACUGCCUGGUGCUCUGCCCGGGGGGCGCCGCCCGGCCCGACCGCCCGCCCUUGGAGCCGCCGGACUCGCGCAACCGCUGGGACUGGCCUCUCUUCACGGCGCCCCUCGAGCCGGCCCAGCCGCUGCCGCUGCCCGAGAUCCGCGCCGCCCUCUUCGAGCGACGCCCGCCGCCCCCCAACCAGUCCACGCGCUCCCAGCCCCUCCAGGCCGCCGGCUUCCUCCACCAGCUCGACCGCCUCACGCAGGACGUGCUGGCCGCCCUCAUGGUUGCCCAGAGGAACGGCGUCCAGCCCGGGCAGUUCAUCCCGGUGGCCGUGGACGGGCUAGGAGGCGGCGCAGAGCCUCUUGGGCUGGUGCUGAACAGGCCCGUCAGCCUGGCUGAGCUCAGCCGGCUCCGAAGGCAGUUCCUCAGCUACGCCAAGAUGCACCCGGGAGAAGGAGAGGAGAAUCUACCCCAGCUGGGCGGCAUGUUUCUACAGUACCUCAGACGCAACCUCCGGUGACGGGGGCCAGAAGGCCUCAACGUUUGGAGGCCCUGUUGGGACUAAGCACGCUUUUCUGGACGCGUAGCAACACCCAGGGCUGAAAGCCGCCCCCGCCCGCAGUGAAGAGGGGCUGCAGCUUGAGCUUUGGCGCCCUGACUUGAUCUUUUUGGCUGUGUGAACUUUGGAGAAGGAAUGUAGCGACUGCGUCACACUCGAGAUGUGGAACUCAGUUCUGGUGAAAAGCAGCACAGAAGUACCUUAAAUAAAUGAUUUCCCUGCUGUGUGCACAUCACACAUCAAUUUAUGUUGAA